CACGCUGGCUCCCCCGCCUCCUCCCUCCUCUCCUCACCUCACCUCACCUCACCGUUCACGUUGCUAUCUUUACUCCCCCGGCCCAUUCGUUCGUUUCCCCACGCUGUGGCGCCCCAUUAAUAUAUAGCUCCACCAUCCUCCUGGCCUCCUCCAGCUCCAAGCUCCAAGAACGCAACAGCUCACUGUAGCCGAGCUCGUAGCCUCGACUAGAUAGCUUCUCUCUGUGUGCGCGCUCAAGCACGUACACAGGUACACUACACUUGCACCAAGCAUGUCUGCUGGCAGGUCAUCCAGGAGGGGCACCAGCUUCACGCUGCGGCAGCCGCCGGUGGUGGACAUCGGCUGCAACUGCCGCCGGCCGAAGCUGUUCUCCAUCUUCUCCUCCUCCUCGUCGUCCUUGUUCUGCGGCGGUGGCAAGCCCAAGUCCCCCAACGCCUCCUCCACGUCCACCACCACGGCGUUCACGGCCACCACCGCGGGCGGGUGCAGUGGCACCACGGCCACCUCCACCGACUCCUCCUUGUGGGGGCCCGCGUCGUUCAUCAACACCAACUCGCUGUACGAGGAGCCGGUGGCGGUGCCGCUGCAGGAGCGGGAGCAGGAGACGAGGCGGCGGCGGAGGCAGCAGCGCCGGCGCCGCAGGCGCGGGGCCGCGCGCCACGACGAUGAGGAGCAGUACGGGCGCGUGGCCAUGGAGAGCGUGCCUGUAGCGGUGGACUCGGCGGAGCCGUACGAGGACUUCCGCGAGUCCAUGGUGCAGAUGGUGGUGGAGAAGGAGAUCUACGCGUGGGACGACCUCAACGACCUCCUCCACCAGUUUCUCUCCCUCAACUCGCCGCGCCACCACCCGCUCAUCCUCCACGCCUUCGCCGACCUCUGGACUCGCAACGGCCUCUUCUGCCCGCCCUCCCCCUGCCAGUUCUAGGCGGCUCAUCAUCCACUGUCCAACGCUGUGCACGUACGCUUGCUUACUUGUUAACCACUAGCUAGUCUUUGUUUUACUACCAAUACUCAAUCAUUCUGCCAUGAACGGAGUACGCAGCUCAUCCGUGACUGGGAGGCUAUUAACGGAGGUCCCGGCCGGCGAGCUGCGUCUUGCAUGCGAAGGUCUUGAGCUUAAGCUGAGCCAAAAAAGGCUAUGCAUGCAUGGUUAAUUGCUGCUGUUUGUUGUAGUGUAUAACUAAUCUAUGUCAUGUCAUCUAUGUAGUACGUGCUAAAUGAUGUGUGCGUGUGGCGCCACCGUUGGGGUGCAAUGAUAUCUCGUGUUGCUCGGGUGUGAUCCUACUGUGCUGUACUGACACUGGAGCUUUAAUGCUGCUGCUUUUGCUGCGAUUCGUUUGCUCACUGUCCUGUGAUCCUGUCCCUCCAUA